AUGUGGGAAGUAAUCUCAAAUGGUCCAAUAGAAAUAUUGAAGGCUAACACGGCAUUUGUCCUAUCACCAGAUGCUCCUCAGUACAUACAAAAGCCUAAGCCGGAAUGGAUUUCUGACGACAGAAUACGAAAUAACUUGGACAACAUUGCCAAUGAUAUUUUGUUUAAAGCCGUUGAUGAUACCAUAUUUCCAAAAAUAAGGAAGUGUAAAACUGCCAAAGAAAUAUGGGAGGCACUCAUCAAAAUAGGAGAAGGAGACGAACAGGAAAAAGACAAUAAGCUAACAAUUGCCAUGAAGAAAUUUGAAGACUUUAAAAUGCUUUCAAAUGAAAGUAUAGCCAACAUGGAGGCAAGGAUGAUCAAAAUACUAGGAGAGAUAAAUGAUCUGGGUAAAACCAUUACUCAGAAAGAAAUAUCUCUCAAAGUAUUACGUGGACUACCAUCAAGCUGGGAUAUGAAAGUGACAGCAAUAAAACCAUUACUCAGAAAGAAAUAUCUCUCCACGGAUAAGCUUUUUAGUGAUCUAAAAGCUUAUGAGUUCGAAAUGAAGGCGAAAGUAGAAGAUGAACGUGAAGAAAGAACCACAGCUCUUAUAACCGAACAACCAUCCUCUUUAAGGUCAGUAGAUGAUAUAAAUUUUAUGACUGAUGAACAGUUUUCUCUAUUUGUUAGGAAAUUCAAAAAGUUCAUGAGAAAGAACAACUUCAAAAGGCCAACCCAAGGAAAUCAAGGAAGUUCCUCCAGAAAGCCAAGAAAAGAAAUAGUCGAAGAAAACACAAAUCUGUGCUACAACUGCAGAAGGCCAGGACACUUCAUAGCCGAAUGUCCUUAUCCCAAAGUUAGUAAAAAUCAAGGUAAAACCCCUAUUGAAUCUUCACAUGAAAAGUUUGAAUCAAAGGAAAGAAGCCCCAGAAAAGAUAGAAGGAAAGCACUCAUCGGGAAUGAACCAGUUGAACUAAAUGAGUCAGAAGAAUCAUCAUCUAGUGAUGAAAGUAAAUCAUCAGAAGAAGACACAGCUCUAUGCUGCUUGGUGAGCAAGACAUUAGAAUUGGAUUCAGAUGAAGAAUGCUUAAUGGCUCACGAAACAGAUGAAGAAGAGGUAACUUCUAACACCUUUGACUCAGUUACUUCAUCAUUUAACUCUAGAGAAUCCAUCGUUAACCUAAUGAAGGAUUGUCAAGAGAUUAUGACCACUCAGUCUCAACUCAAAGAGCGCAAUAAUCUUCUAAUUCUUGAAAAAGAAGAAAUGACUGAAAAAUUGCAAAAUGCUCUACUUGAAGUGAGAAACUUGAAGGCUGAAAUAAUUCGUCUUCAAGAAGAGUGCAAAUCAAGAGAGGUUAGAGAACAUAACCUGAGGGCAACUAUAGCUACGUUUACAAAUUCAUCCAAGAUAAUGGAUAAAAUGGUAAGCAUGCAAAAACCCUCAGGAGAUAAAGCCGGACUUGGCUACAAUCCUAUAUGUUCUAAAACCCCUGAAAACCUGACUAAUUCUACUACUACUUUAAUCAAUAAAGUUCCAGAAGUAAAAUUUGUUAAAAGUCAGGAUAGCACAAUGAGACGAGGAAUUGGUUACCAAACUAAUGCCACAAAAAGUACUGCAAAGGCUAAACAUAAUAAUAUUACUCCGCCAAAGCAGAAAACACUUAAAGUGCAUAAGUUUGUUUCUCAACAUGAGACCAAUGAGUCUAGUGCACAAAGAACCCAUAGAAAAAAGGGAAGUCUUUCUAAGAAUGGGGCUGGGAGACUUUAUCCCACCGAGCAAGAUUGGUUGUAUGACGCCAAACCAUGGAACAAGACUAGACUUACCAACUUCCACAGGCUUAAACAACAAUCUACUUCCCGGGUUACCAACUUCCACAGGCUUAAACAACAAUCUACUUCCCGGGUGCCAAACAACAAAAUGAAUUUUCAAAACCAGGCACCAAGGGAUACUUGGUACUUUGACAGUGGAUGUUCACGGAAUAUGACCAGAGAAAAAUCCAACCUAGUACAACUCAAGGAAGUCAAAGGACCAAAAGUCAUUUUUGGUGGAAAUGGAAAUCAUGGCAUCACCAAAGGAGUAGGAACAAUUAUCAAGAAUGGUUUGAAAAUAGAAGAUGUUUCCUAUGUCGAAGGAUUAAAAUUCAACUUGCUGAGCACCAGUCAAUUCUGCGACAAAGGCUACCUUGUAGAAUUUUACUGGAACACUGCCAAAAGCUCAGUAUGCCUAGUUGCAAACAACUCAAACGUGACUAGUUGGGAAUGGCACAGGAAGCUCAACCACUUAAACUUCAAGACUAUUAAUCAACUUGCAAGGAAAAACCUUGUAGAAGGUUUACCGGACAUAGUCUAUAAAAAGGACCAAGUAUGUGAUGCAUGUCAAAAGGGAAAGCAAAUAAAAUCAUCAUUCAAGUCAAAGACACAUGAGUCAACCUCAAGACCACUAAGCCUACUUCACAUGGAUCUAUUCGGUCCAGUUGAUCCAGUAAGUGUAAGUGGAAUCUCUCACCAAUUGUCUGCCGCAAGAACACCUCAGCAAAAUGGUGUAGCUGAGAGAAGAAACCGAACACUCAAAGAAGCUGCACGUGUAAUGAUUUCGGCAGCCAGACUCCCUAAACGUUAUUGGGCGGAAGCUAUUAACACUGCUUGCUAUACUCAAAAUAGAAGCAUGAUCCACAAGCAGUACAGCAAGACGCCAUACGAACUUUGCAAAGGGAGAAAACCUGAUAUUAGUUAUUUUCAUUCUUUUGGUUGCAAAUGCUUUAUUCAUGUUAAUGAUAAAAUGCAUCUAAGAACUUUUGAUGAGUGUGCAGAUGAAGGAAUCUUCUUAGGUUAUUCGACUACCAGCAAAGCAUUCAGAAUUUUGAAUAAAAGGACAAUGGUAGUAGAAGAAUCUAUACAUGUCGUAUUUGAUGAGAAAGACAUUGCCAAAAAUGUUACGCAAGUUAUGAAUGACGGUAAUGAAAGUCAAAUUGAUUUUUGUGAUACUAAUGAAUUGUGUGGAGAUGAUAUUUUGCAGGGAUUAUAUGAGCUAGAAAUUAAUUCUCUAGAAAAUCCCAUCCACCAUACAUUAGAAAGAAAUGAAGUUGGAGGUGAAAUUAAUGAUGGAAAUACAUGUGAAGCUGGAAAUGACGUCGAAACUAAUGAAAGAGUCGAAGAUCUACCAACCACAAGCACACAACCAGCCAACACCAUGAGAAGCUUGAACACCUUUGAGCCAGAUCUAAGAUGGUUAAGGGAUCACCCUCCAGAACAAGUCAUUGGAAAUGUGCGAGAUGGCGUAAAGACAAGAUCUGCAACAAGAGACGCCUUAUUCACUUGUUUCUUGUCACAAAUUGAACCUAAGGAGAUAGACGAAGCUCUAAGCGAUCCAAGCUGGAUAGAUGCUAUGCAAGAAGAGCUCAAUCAAUUCAAAAAAAAUGACGUUUGGGAGCUUGUUCCGAGACCAAAGAGUCAUAAUGUUGUUGGUACAAAGUGGGUCUUUAGGAACAAAGCAAAUGAAGACGGCGUGAUUGUUAGGAAUAAAGCAAGGCUAGUAGCAAAGGGGUACUCACAAGAAGAAGGAAUCGAUUUUGAUGAGACCUUUGCCCCGGUUGCAAGACUUGAAGCAAUAAGAAUCUUCCUUGCUCAUGCUGCAUUCAAAAACUUCACAAUCUACCAAAUGGACGUCAAAAGUGAAUUCUUAAAUGGAUUACUCGAGGAAGAAGUUUAUGUUGAACAAUUCUUAAAUGGAUUACUCGAGGAAGAAGUUUAUGUUGAACAACCCCCAGAUGGAUUACUCGAGGAAGAAGUUUAUGUUGAACAACCCCCAGGUUUCGAGGUCGAGGAAGAAGUUUAUGUUGAACAACCCCCAGGUUUCGAGGUAAAAGGCGAAGGUGAUAAAGUCUAUAAACUAAAGAAGGCAUUGCCAGACAUAUCUUAUGCCGUGGGAGUGUGUGCAAGAUUUCAAUCAAAUCCAAAAGAGAGUCAUCUCACUGCUACAAAGAAAAUCAUAAGAUACUUGAAGGGCACAAUCAAUGUUGGAUUAUGGUAUCCUAAAGGAUGCAAGAUAGAUAGAAAAAGCACCUUCGGAACAUGCCAGUUCUUAGGGAGAAGGCCAGACAUAUCUUAUGCCGUGGGAGUGUGUGCAAGAUUUCAAUCAAAUCCAAAAGAGAGUCAUCUCACUGCUACAAAGAAAAUCAUAAGAUACUUGAAGGGCACAAUCAAUGUUGGAUUAUGGUAUCCUAAAGGAUGCAAGAUAGAUAGAAAAAGCACCUUCGGAACAUGCCAGUUCUUAGGGAGAAGGCUUGUAUCUUAG